CUUUAUGGCGGGUAUUCUCACCACUUGCAAGUAGCGCAGGUCUUUUUAAAAAUUCCUUUUGUAAAAUGAUGUGAUGCUUUUAUGAAAACAGAAGCCUAAGAAAGGAAAUCAAAGUAGGUGCUACCCAAUAAAAAUGGCAUCUGGUGGUGCACAAUACAAAGACUAUAAGGGAAAGAAUGUUGAGCAGAAUAAACCAAAAAGUAAUAGGAAACCUCCAAGAAGUUAUUCAAGUUUUAACGGUGACCUUAGCCUUCAUGCUGAAUUACAAAGAAAUGAACAUGAGGAUUAUGAUUCACUUCCAAAUAAUUUGUCAUGGACAGGAAAGGAAAGUUUACAAGGAAGGAAAGCACCCUUGUUUGGAGACCAAUUCUCAUCUGAUGGAUCGCCUACUUCAUUUACUCAUAAGAAGCACACACCUGCGAAUCUCCCCAGGACAAAAUUUUCUUCUUCAGGAUCAGCUCAACAUUGUUCAAUGGACAAAUUGAAACAACAUUUGACUUUUUCAAAUGAAGAUGAGAAUGAAGGGCAACAUAACAACAUCCCUGUUAACAAUGAACGCAGCUUUCAAACACAACGUUCACCAACCAAAAUUAGAUCUUUCAGAAGGCAAGAAAAAGAUGGUGCUGGAAUUAACUCACUUCAACCAAAAAUGUUACCUGUUGAUUAUAGUAAAGCAAUGAGUCGCUUGAAACAAGUGCGGGGGUAUCUUAAACAGGCCACUUCUCUUUACAUAACAUUGAGUAGCAAAUCAACAUCACCAGAUGAAGCUACUGAUGAAGAGUUAGAGCAAAUGGAUAAACUGGCUAAGUUAAUUAAAGACUUAAAAGCCCAAGAGAUGGCCUAUGUAGAUUUUGUGCAAAGAACUAACACAACACAAAGAGAAUCUUCUCUUGAAAAUACACCUUCUGCAAGUGUUGUGUCACUGGAUGUUGAAAAUUUGGAUAAUGUUGACGUUGCUUCUGAAGAUGAUUUGGAGGGACUACGACAACAACACGCGUUAUUGCGACAAAUGGUCGAACAACAAAAACAGUUAAAAGAACUACAAGAAAGGCAGAAUGCAUUACUUGACUUGCAACGUCACGCAGAGGAUCAACUUAAAGAAGCUGAAGCUGAGGGGAGACGAAUUUCAAAUAUGAUGAAUGGUCACGGAUUACACCAUGGUAUUGUGAAUGUCGAUGGUAGGGAAGAAGGCACGGAGAUAUCCGAAGACUCUCACAGUUUGCAGGAUAAUGUUGCUGGUGGAUCUGGCAAUGUUGGUGAAUUGGUUUCAAAUGAUUCACGUCAUUCCAACGACCAGGUCCAGCGAAAUCGUAAAGCUUUCAAUAAACAGAAGUGUGAAAAUUUCAAAAACCGACGACUACCAAACGAGCAGCCUUCAUGGGUUGCUGACUCAGCAGGCUCUAUUACUCCUGAUAAUGAGGUGCAAGCAUUGGCCGCCGCUGAUGCAGCACAAGAACGACUUGAGCUGGAAAGCAAGAUGAUGGAUUUACAAGCUAAGAAGGAGGAAAUGAAUGUACUUGUUGCACACUUGCAACAAUUGCGAGAACUGCAGCUUGCUAAAGAAAUGGCCCCUCCACAGGAAAGAAGUGUAAAUGAAAGUAACGAAAACCAGGAUGAUGAUGUUCCUCUUGCUACAAGAUCAGCAAAAGAUACUGGAGAAAAUGUGGACGACGAGAAGAUUAUUGAAGCGUUGCAGUUACAUAAAAAAUUAAGGAAACUUCAGGACGUGCGUGAUAAACUGGAAAGGCUUAAAAAUCUAUUUGAUGGUCAGCAGAUAAAUCCCAGCAGGGAGAGGGCAAGAAUAACCGAAAUUACAGAAGGACACGAGUCUUCGGACAAUAAAGGUGAUGAAUCUCAGAUGAGUAGUGUUGAUCCUGAUACUGCUUCUGAUGAUGUGCCACUUGCAAAUAUUGAUUGGAUUUUGAAUUCUGGUAUUGAUGAUCCAGAACUCAUUGAGAAAUUAAGGCAAGUCAAAGCUGCAAAAGAGAGGGUUGCUCAUUUAAAGCAGCGUAGCGAGCAAAAUAACGUCGAUGAUUUAUCUUACCAAGCAAAUGCCCUUAGCGUUCAAGCACAUGGAGCUGUUGUAAUGGACAAUGAUUCCGCUGCUCAGACAGACAAUGAAACCACAGGCUCAGUGUCUAGUUCUCUUUUGUGGCAAGAGGACCCAGAGUUUCAAGAGAAACUACGAAAGUUGAAUGUUGCCCGCAAGAAGUUAAGAAAGUUACAAGCACUAGUUAAAAAAACUGAAGAGGAAGGCGAAUCUAAUGCUAACAGUGCUGGUGCUGUUGGUAAUGAUGAAGAAAGUAUUGACAGCGAACAAGAUGCAACAAGUGAAACAUUAGUACAGGAUAAUCUUACAUACAGACAACAAGAAGAUGACGAAAGUAAUAAUGUUCUUGGUUAUAUGAAUACAAUCGAUGAACAACGAGCCACAUUGAAUCGUCUCUUUGCUGAAGAACGAAAAUUACGUGAGACUCAGGCACAUUUGAAAAAAUUACAGCAACAAAACGAUGCUAUGACACAGACUCGACCUCCCGAACGAAGUAAACAACAUGAUAGUUUUAUCCACAAUCCCACUGAAGCAAGCUCAUCUGGACUUGUUGCAACUGCAGACUCAGCUACGCAAACGCUUUUCUCUUCAGACGUGCAUUCUGGCAAUCACCAACCAGAUGAUUCGCUCUCCAAUACAUUAUUAUGGCGAGAAUUGCGCCGCCAACGUGAACUACAAGAACAAAAGUUAAAGAAACGCAAGGAAAGGUUGUUGUUAGAACGUAAAGCAGGACGAAGAUUGCACGAGAAUGCAUCUGAAGAUGAAGGAUUCGGUCGUAGUACUUUAAGUGCUGAUAUCACCACAGCAACAUGGGGUGGUUCUACACAGAUGAGUAGUACACAAAAUGAUUCUGCUGUAUCUGAAGGAUCAUCAAAUGAUAGUGAUGAAGAACUAUUGGUUGAGGAUGAUGCGUUAGAUGAUAUUGUUCAAGCUGAAGAAGAAGAAGAAGAGGAAGAGGAAGGACAUUCGGAAAUGGAAUUAUAUCCAACUGCAUCUAAUGGUGGAAGAAAGAAAUUUCCAAACAGUCAGAGGAAACAAAAUGCAAGCCAAAAACGUUUGCUUUUUGAAGGCUUACGUAAACAAGAUUUAGAGCGUCAUGAAAGAUUUAAAGGUUGGCAAAAUUCUUUGUUCCCGUCAGGAAAUAAGAAAAGUUUUAAAAAGACACAGCGUUAUAGUAAUCCUCGUGCGUAUGACGAUGAAGAAUACUCUAAGACACGAGAGAGGGCUAUGUGGGAGAGACAAUUCAAUGUUAUGCAAGCACAGCUUGAGAACACAACGACGCUUUGUAAUACUUUAUUACGAGAUCAGCAAACUCUUAUAUCUGUUCUGUUGAAUCGCCGUGAACAGCCAUCAACACUCGGCGAAACAUCCUUUAGUCAGUACCAGCGAAGACAACAAGAAGCUUUACAAGGAAUCCAAAACUACUUUGAUCAACAGCGUUUUCUUGUUCAACAACAACAAAUGUUACAAAAUCUAACCGAGUGUUAUUCCCAAAUGCAACAACAACAUGAAGACAUGUUGCAUUUACAACAAAGUUUUUCUCAGUUGUUUUCAUACCCCUCGUCAGAAGAGAAAAAUUGCCAACCUUCUCCUGUUUCAAAUACAGUGACGUCAACAUUGGAGAAUUCCCGUACAUCUAACUCUUUCAGUUUUCAACCAAGGACCUCCUACCGACAAAAACCCAAUGUCUCUUCUGUUGCCCGUGAAAUACCUCCACCUUCAUCAUUCACUUCCUUUCAGACAAGACCUUCAGUUGAGCGACAUGUUCAUGAUCAUCGCUCAGCAUCAUCGCAAAACCCUCUUUAUCCGUCCGUAUCAUUUCCCUGGCUACCUGAUCUACGAAACAGACAGUUCCAAUUUCAGGGAAGCACAAAUCCUGACACAGGUGUUCCAAGCCCUGAAACAAGCAACAGUCAGGCUAUCAAAUCAUCCGAAGUCAAACCAGUUUCAGCUCGAGUUGUGAGUUCUAUCAGCGUCACCUCUGCCAACUCUUCACCUAUAUUUAACCGUGUCACGUACACUGAUUCAAAGGCAAAUGACAGCAAUAAUGUUGUGGUAGGUAAACAAUUUCCUACCCCACUCAGGGCAUCUGCUGCUGCACAGCUUGCUGGCCAAGAUCAGUCUAAGUGGCGUGGAGCUAAGAGAAGAAGACAAGAGGAUAAAAUAGAAACGGAUUCUGUUUCUUCACAUCAAUCGAGUUUACCUGGCGACUCAGAGAAACCUGGCACCGAGUCUGAUGCCCAAAGUGAUUAUUCAUUGUUUGAAGCUCUUCGUGAUUCUAUUUAUGCGGAAGUUGCAACUCUCAUUUCUCAAAACGAAUCUCGACCACAUUUCUUGAUAGAAUUAUUCAGAGAAUUACAGCUAUUGGGCUCAGACUAUCUUCGACAACGUGCAUUGUACUCGUUAAGAGACUUAGUUACCCGCUUCUUGAAGGAUGAUCCUUCGGGAAGAACAAUGGACUCAUCUAAGGCUGCGUAUUCAUGGCCUGUUUCUGCAUCUGAACAAACACCCAGCGAAAGUGUUGCUUAUUCAGAAAAUGAUCAAGACGAGGAUAAGAUGACAGUACAGAAACUCUCAAGUCAAGGCAUCUACGAUUAUGUCGAAGCAGUCGACACUGGAAGUUCUAUGUCUACCCCAAAUAGCGGAAACUGUGAACCGUUUGCGUCGGAGUUCCUCGGAGAAACUGUCAUACACUUGGACAAGGCGUUGAAAUCAGUGCGAGAGAAGGAACGUGGUGAUUCUGAUUAUUCUGGUGUUGUAGUUGAUGAAGUUUCUCCUACUGUUGUUCCAGCUGCUGAUUCUAGUUCUGCUGGUGAUAUUGCUAGUGAGUCGUCGCUACCUGAUAUACAAUAUCCAAAAAUUGACACCCAAGCUUUGGAUCGUCAAAUAAAAAAGAUUAUGGCGGAGGUUAUACCUUACCUAAAUGAUCACAUGGAAGACACGUGCUCAUUACAUUUGCUGAAUCAUAUUCGUAAAACGGUGAUGGGGAUGAUCCAAAAUAAAAACGAGGAAAAAGAGUUCGGUAGAUUUUUUAACAAGCAACUAGAAUCCAUACUUCAAGAUUCUUUAGCAAAGUUUAUUGGAAAACGAAUGAAAGAUUGUGGUGAAGAUUUGCUAGUUGAAAUAUCCGAAAUACUUUUUAAUGAGUUGGCAUUUUAUAAGCUGAUGCAAGAGCUUCAAGGUGGCACAAGGACAAAGAUUUUCAACCAAAAAGAGAAAAAUACAUCGCACAAAAAGCAGUCCACUAAUGAAAAUCUUGCGAUGAACAGUGUAAACACUGAAGAAGAAAUGAAGAAUGAUUUGCAGAAUGAAGUAGAAGAUAGUUCGUGUUCAUCGUCAGAAUGGCAGGUUGUUGAAGCUCAAGAAGAGAAACCACGUGAUGUAAUAUCACGUGCUACUCAGCGUGACGAGGAGACUUUAGGAAAAGAUAGAGAUGAUGCUAUGGCAGAGGAAUUUGACGAGCGGAGAAAUGUAUCCGGAUUAAAUUACAGCCAAUCAGAAGUUGAAAAUAUUGAAUCUUCCGAGUGCGUCAACGUCGUGGAAUUAUCCAUGAGCGAGUCAAGACCACUUGCAAGUAGCGGUAGCGAUGAUAAUGAAAGUGAGGUCGAUAUAGUUGUUGAAGUUCAACAAGAGAAUGCCGAAGGAGCAGUUUGGAGUGAAGUUGUGGGAGGUAUGAAUGGAGGUCAAGAUGAUCAUCAAAGUGACUUAGCAAGUCAAAUGGCAACUAACGAUCCCACAAAAACAGAAGAGGAUCAAGGGGCAAGGACUUCUAACCCAUCAAAACAAGAAGAGGACGAGGAUUUUCCGACUAAGUUCACAGGCUUGACUGAAGCUGAUUUACAAGUGAAGAUUGCUGAGGAGCAAAGUCGUCAUGAUGGAAUUCACGCGAUCGUUGCAUCAAUGAAUGAUGGAGAGGAACUUGCUGGCGAUCCCAACACUGUUCCUGAACCAGAAGGAUCCGUUAUUGUUAAUGGAGAUGUUAUGCACGAGGCGGAGAACUAAGUUCUAAGUUUUUUUGUUCAUUCUAUUUAUUUGUAUAGUUUUUUUGUGAUGUAGAUUGCAUGUUCUUUGUUUCAUUCUACAUAUAUAAUGUUUGAUGUUGUUAAAACUAUUUCUGUGGUAAAUUGUAUUUGCGAAUUCAAAGAAAAACUCUUGAAUCUUCAAAUGAUUUGAAAGCAGAAAUUUUAACUCUAAGUUAUAUAAUCUAAUUUCACGUAUAUAUUGAGUAUAAACAGACGUUUGUUCAACACAUGCAUGUAUGUGAAGGUGUUGAACAGUAAGUUCUGUGUGUUUCAUCAAGUGUUAUUCAUAAAAAUAAGCUUUUUUUUCGUGAAGUUAUUUCUUGUCAAGUUUUGAUUCCCUCUGCAGAUGUUUGAUAAAUGUUUUUUAACAACUACAAAUGCAACAUGUUGCACUGUUCACCACCUUCCGUUUUAUCCAUUUCUAAUCGAUAAAGAUAUUGAGGUUAAUCUAAAUUUCCUGUUAAAUUUAAAUUUGUCUUAUAUAGGGCACAGGAGGGUAUGACCCAUCUUUACUUGUACGAGUAGGUCUCGACAUUCCGUGACCCUUUAUAUUUUCUAUGUCUUGGAUAAAAGCAUAGCCAAUGCCUUGACUAAAUAUAUAUCUGGAAGGCUACAGAUUUCUGUUCUUGCAUGAAACCAAAGUUCUGCAUUUUAGCUGAUGUUAUCGUUAUGAACUGUACUUAGGCCGUGCAUACGUAGAAGGAUUGGUGCUAGUUGAUUUUCUGGUUUCAAAUUUUGGCUUGAGGUUGCUUUCCAGAUGUAUUCAAUUCAAUGAACUGACGUGCUUUGUCCGUGACAGUACUGGGUUCUAGUCUACUUCCACUUGUAGGUGACAACCACAACCAUAGUCAUAUAAGUCAAGUCUUAUAGAAAAUGGUUUAAAUUGUGGCUGGAUGAUCGAUUAUUAGAUAAAGAAGAUAUUUACAUAAAAAAACUAUAUAAAAGUGUGUUAAUUAUAUUGUUUGAAUUGCAGUUAUAUAUAUAAAGUUGAAUAUUAUUCAUUUGAUGAAAUUUCUUGUGAGAAUUGUUUGAACUGUUAUUUUUGUGGCGAAUAUUUUUGUGAACCUUGAAAUAUUCAAAUUCUGUUUUGUCCAAAUAAUGGCUCUAACGACAAAUUGAGUUGUUGAGUUGUGAUACAAGGCAGUAUGAAUGUCCAAUGUAAAACUACAUUAAUCAUAAAUACAACUUAUUACUUUAAUUUGAGGUAUUAAAAUACAGUUGCAUA